AUGGGUUUUCUGAGGCCAAGCAGCCAAACAAAGCCUAAGAUCACCAUGCGCAAUGCCAAGCGUCGGCUGGAGUGGGGAUUGAGUAGAGAGCCUCCAACAGAGAGCCUCCGGCAGAAAGCCUCCAACAGAGAGCCUCCAGCAGAGAGCCUCCAGCAGAGAGCCUCCAGCAGAGAGCCUCCAGCAGAGAGCCUCCGGCAGAAAGCCUCCAACAGAGAGCCUCCAGCAGAGAACCUCCAGGAGAGAGCCCCCAACAGAGAGCCUCCAGGAGAGAGCCCCCAACAGAGAGCCUCCAGGAGAGAGCCUCCAACAGAGAGCCUCCAGCAGAGAGCCUCCAGCAGAGAGCCCCCAACAGAGAACCUCCAGGAGCCCCCAACAGAGAGCCUCCAGCAGAGAGCCUCCAGCAGAGAGCCCCCAACAGAGAGCCUCCAGGAGAGAGCCCCAACAGAGAGCCUCCAGCAGAGAGCCCCCAACAGAGAGCCUCCAGGAGAGAGCCCCCAACAGAGAGCCUCCAGGAGAGAGCCCCCAACAGAGAGCCUCCAACAGAGAGCCUCCAGCAGAGAGCCCCCAACAGAGAGCCUCCAGGAGAGAGCCCCCAACAGAGAGCCUCCAGCAGAGAGCCCCCAACAGAGAGCCUCCAGGAGAGAGCCCCCAACAGAGAGCCUCCGGCAGAGAGCCCCCAACAGAGAGCCUCCAACAGAGAGCCUCCGGCAGAGAGCCUCCAACAGAGAGCCUCCAACAGAGAGCCUCCAGCAGAGAGCCUCCAACAGAGAGCCUCCAGCAGAGAGCCUCCAGCAGAGAGCCUCCAACAGAGAGCCUCCAGCAGAGAGCCUCCGGCAGAGAGCCUCCAGCAGAGAACCUCCAGCAGAGAGCCUCCAGCAGAGAGCCUCCGGCAGAGAGCCUCCAGCAGAGAGCCCCCGGCAGAGAGCCUCCAGGAGAGAGCCUCCAGCAGAGAGCCUCCAGGAGAGAGCCUCCAGCAGAGAGCCUCCAGGAGAGAGCCUCCAGGAGAGAGCCUCCAGGAGAGAGCCUCCCAACAGAGAGCCUCCAACAGAGAGCCUCCAGGAGAGAGCCUCCAACAGAGAGCCUCCAGGAGAGAGCCUCCAGCGUUCAGUACCCUGGAAAGAGACUACCGUGAAUGUAGUGAUGGAGAGAAACAGAAAUAGAAAGGUUAACAUCAGAGAAUCUCAUCCGGAUCCAUGA